AUGCCGAUUGAGGAAGCCUCUCUGGAUUGGCUGAAGCAUAACGUAUCCUUGAAGGCUGUCGUGCCGGACUGGAGCUUCCACAACGGUGGUGGAAUAGUCGUUCUCACUGGAACAUUCGUCCCACCGUCAAUUUUCAACUUCUCCGCGAUACUAGUCAACUUUGGUCAAGGCGGGCCGCGGGCCUCAGCCACACUGAUGAACGAGUCCGCGAUCAACUGCACGGUCCCUGCCAUGCCGGACAACUUCUUCGACACGGUCCAGUUGAGUGUCACAGUGGUCUUCCUUAGCCCAUUCAACAGUACCCAUGUUAAUAUUACAGCCCAAGGGCCGGGUUUGGUAUUCAGUUACCUCCCCAAUUUAGCCCUGGGCAGUUUGGUUCCUCGGACUGGUCCGCCUGGUGGCCUUACUAAUGUCACAAUGAGAGUCAUGUUUUUCGCCAACUUUUCCACUGGCCUGGAGCGCGAUCUUGGUCUGGACUUCGACUGUGCUAUAGGGACGUUCAGAUCUCCGGCAAGGUUCCGCCUCGCUGACGAAUCCAGUCUGGCUGGCCCCCAUGGCCGGCCCAAGGCGGGACGUCUGCGUUCAACUGGUCCCACGUUUGGCGAGGUCCAUUGA